GCCCGCGGGCCCCGAGGUGCGCCUGGGAGGCUCGAGCGCUCGUCAGGAAAGCAGCCAGGCGACGGGCGCGGGGCGGGCUGCUUUGCAUUAUGUGCGGCUCGGCCCUGGCUUUUUUUCCUGCUGCAUUUGUCUGCGUGCAAAACUGCCGGCAAGGUCCUGCCUCCUUUCUCCGGGCAGCCUGGGUGUUUUCACUUGUUCUUGGACUGGGCCAAAGUGAAGACAACAGAUGCGUCUCUGCAAAUACAGUAUCAUGUGCCAGGUGCCUUGAGCUGGGUCCAGAAUGCGGAUGGUGUGUUCAAGAGGAUUUCAUUUCAGGUGGAUCAAGGAGUGAACGUUGUGAUACUGUUCCCAAUUUAAUAAGCAAAGGCUGCAUGGUGGAGUCCAUAGAAUACCCAUCUGUGCAUGUCAUAAUACCAAGUGAAGAUGAAAUUAAUACUCAGGUGACACCAGGGGAAGUGUCAAUCCAACUGCGUCCAGGAGCUGAAGCUAAUUUUAUGAUGAAAAUUCAUCCUCUGAAGAAAUAUCCUGUGGAUCUUUAUUAUCUUGUUGAUGUAUCAGCAUCGAUGCACAAUAAUAUAGAAAAAUUAAAUUCUGUUGGAAAUGAUUUAUCUAGAAAAAUGGCAUUAUUCUCCCAUGACUUCCGCCUUGGGUUUGGCUCCUAUGUUGACAAAACCGUCUCACCAUACAUUAGCAUCCACCCCGGGAGGAUUCACAAUCAGUGCAGCGACUACAAUUUAGACUGUAUGCCUCCCCAUGGAUACAUCCAUGUGCUGUCUCUGACAGAAAAUAUCACUGAGUUUGAAAAAGCGGUCCACAGACAAAAAAUCUCUGGGAACAUAGACACCCCUGAAGGAGGAUUUGAUGCCAUGCUUCAGGCAGCCGUCUGUGAGAGUCAUAUUGGAUGGAGAAAAGAAGCUAAAAGAUUGCUGCUGGUGAUGACAGAUCAGACAUCUCAUCUUGCUCUUGAUAGCAAAUUGGCAGGGAUAGUGGUGCCGAAUGAUGGAAACUGCCAUCUGAAAAACAAUGUCUACAUCAAAUCAACAACCAUGGAACAUCCCUCGCUAGGUCAACUUUCAGAAAAACUAAUAGACAACAACAUUAAUGUCAUUUUUGCAGUUCAAGGAAAACAGUUUCAUUGGUAUAAGGAACUUCUACCACUUUUGCCUGGCACCAUUGCUGGUGAAAUAGAAUCAACAGCUGCAAACCUCAACAAUCUAGUAGUUGAAUCCUAUAAGAAGCUCAUUUCCGAAGUGAAAGUUCAAGCAGAAAACCAGGUACCAGGUGUCUAUUUUAACAUAACUGCCAUCUGCCCGGAUGGGGCCAGAAAGCCAGGCCUGGAUGGGUGUGGAAACGUGACAAGCAAGGAUGAAGUUCUUUUCAAUGUGACAGUUACAAUGAAAAGCUGUGAUGUCACAGGAGGAAAAAGCUAUGCAAUUAUCAAACCAAUUGGUUUCAAUGAAACCACUAAAGUUCAUAUACACAGAAGCUGCAGCUGUCAGUGUGAAGACCACAGAAGACCGAACGGGAAGUGUGUCGAUGAAACUGUUCUGGAUUCCAAGUGCUUGCAGUGUGAUGAGAGUAACUGUCAUUUUGAUGAAGGCGGAUUUCUGUCGGAAGGUUGCAAAUCACAGAGGGACCAACCUGUUUGCAGUGGUCGAGGAGUUUGUAUCUGUGGGAAGUGCUUAUGUCACAAAACUAAGCUUGGCAAAGUUUAUGGAAACUAUUGUGAAAAGGAUGAUUUUUCUUGUCCAUAUCACCAUGGAGAUCUGUGCGCUGGGCACGGAGAGUGUGAAGCUGGCAAGUGCCGGUGCUUCAGUGGCUGGGAUGGGGAUCGGUGCCAGUGCCCGUCAGCAUCAGCUCAGCGCUGUGUCAAUUCGAAGGGCCAGGUGUGCAGCGGAAGAGGCACGUGUGUGUGCGGCACGUGCGAAUGCACCGAUCCCAGGAGCAUCGGCCGCUUCUGUGAACACUGCCCCACCUGCCACACAGCCUGCAGUGAAAACUGGAAUUGUAUGCAAUGCCUUCACCCUCACAACCUGUCUCAAGCUGUACUUGCUCAGUGUAAAACCUCAUGUGCUCUCCUGGAUCAGCAUUAUGUGGAACAAACAUCAGAAUGUUUAUCCAGCCCAAGCUACUUAAGAAUAUUUUUCAUCAUAUUCAUAGUUACUUUCUUGAUUGGGUUGCUUAAAGUCCUUAUCAUCAGGCAGGUGAUACUGCAGUGGAAUAGUAAUAAAAUUAAGUCCUCAUCAGAUUACAGAGUAUCCACCUCGAAAAAGGAUACGUUGAUUCUACAGAGCGUUUGCACACGAGCAGUCACCUAUCGACGUGAGAAGCCCGAAGAAAUAAAAAUGGAUAUCAACAAAUUAAAUGCUCGUGAGACUUUCAGGUGCAACUUCUAAAAAAAUAUUUUAAAAAAAUACUUUGUGGGAAACUGGAUUUU